AUGGCUCCCCUCUCUCUGAGCAAGCAUGCGUUGGUUGGAUGGUGUCUCCUGUUAAGUCCAUGGCAAGCGGAUGCCUUUGGCGUUCCCUUUCUCGGUUGCCGCAAUGCUAACAGUAAGAACCAUGGGGCAUCAGUACACGAGUUAUCCAUGAACAACAACAAUUACAAUAACGACAACAGCAACAACAGCCCAUGGCCGCAGCAGCAACCAACACCCUUUAACGCGUCUCCCGAACAAGUGGCAGCGGCAGAAGCGGCUCUUCAAGCCGAGUUUGAGGCAGCCGUGCAGCAGCAGCAGCAGCAGAGCAACAAUGCCUUUGUGCCCGCCGUGGGAACUGCCACUCCGGAACAAGUGGCACAAGCGCAGGCGGCUCUAGAUGCUGAAUUGGCCGCUGCAAGAGGAACACAAGAGACAAGCACCUCCACAAGUCCAUUCAAUAAUAAUGAUAAGCCAAGCUUUCCUCCGUUCAAUAACGGUGGCAACGGUAACAGCAAUACCCCACCCUGGCAGAAACCUAAGGAACAAGGAAAAGCCCAACAACAGCCAGAACUGGUACAAGCACUGUCUACCAGUGAGGAAAAGACACAAGAGAAGCCAAUGUCGCCAUUCAAACCGUUUCCGCCAUCGACAUCGAACAACAAUGACAAUAAGCCAUUUUAUGGUGCCACGGAAACAGAAGCAGCCGAAAACAAGGCAAUGGCUGCCAUUGAAGCGGUCAUGGACAACAACAACAACAACAACAACAACAGCAAUAAGCCUAGUAGUUUCAAGCCACCAUCCAACACACGGCCCUUUCCCCCAAAGAACACCGGCCCCCCAUUCAACAACAUGAACAGUGCUGCAACACCUGCACUGCAAAACGCUGCGACAACAACAGCAACAACAAGUCCACCCUUUGGAAACAGUCCUGGCAAUAAUAAUAUGCCACCAUCCAUGGGAGGAGGUCCACGCAACAACGGCAAUAAUAAUGAUCUUGCCGCACGAAUGAAACAGGCUGGGUCUCGCAACGGCAACAACAAUGACGACGAAAGCAAGACAGCAAAGCAGAACGAUGUCGUCAUUGAUGCUGCCAAUGGCAACAUUCCUUGGUUUGGACAACGGGCGGCGGCAUCCACUUCCGCCUUUGCCAAUAAUAAGCAGCCAUCAUCGUCACCACCACCCAGCACAUUUACCCCACCCAAGGUGGAUGCUGCCAAGCCGAUGGCAACCGAAACAACCAACAAGCUUAAUGCUGGUAGAAGUGCCACGCCACCAUUUAUGGCAACCAUGAAGUCAUCUUCCACCGAAACAACCAACAAUAACAACGCUGAGUCUAGCAGUGCAUCCGAGCAAUCAGAGGAACCAAAAGCAGAAAGUAACGGGUUCUCCUUUUCGAAUCUCAUGCCUACCAACCGGGACAGUCCAACCGAUGCGGCGGACACCACGACGACGAUGACUCAGCAAUCGAGCCCUGCUGGUUUUGGACAACCAUAUGCACAAAGCACCACCAACAGCCAGUACAGCUUUGAAAGCAAUACUGGUGGUGACGCGGUUAAUAGCUUUGACCCAGCACCACCCAGCUCGGAACCGCCACGAAACAGCUUUGCUUCUUCGAGUGCAUCAUACGACGACCAAGAGCAACUGCUGCCCGAAAACACAGACGACAAUGUGGGACCACUCGAGUACAUUUGGCAAAACGCAUUGAAUCAAAAACAGCGAGUGGCGCUCAACAAGGCCGCGGUACGAACGGUGGAAUAUUCCUUGCCCGUCACGGCGGCCACGGCGUAUCUAUUGUCCAACAAUGCCGAGCCUCUUCGCAACGCCGAAGCAGCUGCCACGUAUCUGGCCAACUCGGCCAUUCCCAAUGCCUACUCCGAGUGGAUUAAUGAGGAUAAAGUGCGCGAAUUGACGCCCGAAAAGAAUAUCAUGGCGCAGUACAUGGAUCGCGUGAGUGCACCUUGGUCGGAGCAACAACAGCAGCAGCAACAGCAAGCUCAACCGCAGGUACAAGCUCCACAGCAGCAGCAGCAAGCACAACCGCAGGUACAAGCACAACAGCAGGCACCGCAAGAAGAAGAAGCGACCCAAUCAGUGUCCGCUGGAGAAGAAGCUCCAACCAACUACGACGACUAUCUGAAAUGGCGUGCCGAACAGGAUGGACAGCAGAUGGCAACAACACAAACCGAGCAACAGAGUAGCACUGUGGAUCCCGAUGCCGCUGCGGCAGCAGGAGUUGCUUCCGUUCUGAAUAGCGAACCUGCCGUGGAGCAGCAGCAGCAGCAGCCACCGCAAGCAACCUAUGCAGAUCAAAUGUGGAACCGAUUUCUUUCCCCGCCGCAGUCGCAGCCACAAGCACAGCAGGACUUGUCGUCAUCGCAGCAGCAGCAAGCUCCAUCUCAUGCUGACCAGAUGUGGAACAGAUUCAUGAACGUCCCACCGGCAAUGCCAUCAGGCACACCGCAGCCAGAGCAGAGCGUGCCACAAGAAGAAACACCAUCAGCUGCUGAUCAAAUGUGGAACAGAGCCAUGACGGUUCCAGCUGCCCCAGAACCGGCAGUCGAAGCUCCCAGCACCAGUGAAUCGUAUGCGGAUUCUCUGUGGGAGAGGUUCCACGCCAACACCCCCAACCCUUCAAUCGAGCCAGAAGCGGGGGCACAAGGUUCCUACGAUUACGGCGAGACGAUGCAGCAAGCACAAGAGCCACAAGGCUCCUACGAUUACGGUGAGACGAUGCAGCAAGCACAAGAGCCACAAGGUUCCUACGAUUACGGAGAGACGAUGCAGCAAGCACAAGAGCCACAAGGCUCCUACGAUUACGGUGAGACGAUGCAGCAAGCACAAGAGCCACAAGCGUCGGAGUUCUAUAAUCCUUCAACUGCAGAGAGUUCUUGGGCGACCGAAGCUCAGGGACAAGCUCCAUCUUUCGACAGCGGUGCUGGGCAAAUGGAGCAACCCAACUACGCCGAAAGCGAAUCUUCCCAGAUGGAUCAACAGAAACAGCAACUUGCCACAAACCUGCAGGCCAUGUCAGAAGAAGUGAAUCGAAGAUUGGAUAAUCCUGACACCUUCUACCCAGAGCCAGCUCAAGAGGAAAUUAACCCAGUUAUGUGGUCCAACGAUGACUACUACGGCUACAGGAAUGACGCUUCUCUGUUCUAGGAAUGCUAGAGUACAGCCUGGCACAAGCCACGCCAUCCACUCUGCCCAUUCGCUAAUCCGCACCAUUGCUCUCAUUUGCGUAAUCACACAAACACAAACAGACCAACCGCAUCCACCAACGCAAAGACAGGGGGAAGCGGCAUGGCGGUCGAGCCCACGGCCAGCAAACAACAGCUACAGCAAAGGAGACGUGAUCCAUACCAACAACUAAUAUAUUAUACUGUAGCCGUUUUCUUUAUUAAACCCAACCACAUGUCC